CGCGAAUUCGUUUCGUGGUCGGCACGAUACCCCUACUGCUUCCCUCAUUUUUUUCGUCGGUCCCUUCUGCAUUAACCCCUCGGAUGCUGAGAAGAGAUGUGCGAAUUCUCCUUGUUGGUGAUGGUCCGUUGCUCUCCGUUCCCCUGGAAUCUCAAGAGUUAAAACCGUUGUCAUUUCUCCAGAGGGCGUCGGGAAGAGCACAAUAGUCACAUCCCUAAUCAAAGAGUCCUUCGUUCCUCGAGUCGGAAUCAUCCUUAUCCUUACUCCCUGUCCCCAUGGGCUGACAAUCUGGUGUCUUCCAGGUCCAGCACAUCGUACCCGAAGUGACCAUACCACCGGAGGUAACGCCUGAGAAUGUUACAACGUACAUCGUGGAUUCUGGUGCUGGACCACAGGAUCGUGCACAUCUCGAAUCAGAAAUUCGCAAAGCACAUGUCAUCUGCGUGGUCUACUCUAUAGACAAUCCCAAUUCGUUUGACAGAAUACCGACUUUCUGGCUUCCGCAUUUUCGUCAACUUGGCGUCAACGUCCCCGUUAUCCUUGUCGGAAACAAAAUUGACUUACGUGGCGGAGAGGUAACAAAUGAGGCUCUGGAAGAUGAGAUCGUACCCAUUAUGAACGAAUUCAAGGAAGUGGAAACCUGCGUGGAAUGCUCUGCCAAGAUUCCUCUGAACGUUUCAGAAGUUUUCUAUUUUGCCCAAAAAGCCGUUCUUCAUCCCACUGCUCCUCUAUAUGACUCUAGAGAUCAUGUGCUUAAACCCGCAUGCGUAAAAGCACUCAAACGAAUAUUCAAGCUUUGUGACUUGAACAAGGAUGGGGUUCUAGACCCCGUCGAGCUCAAUGAAUUCCAACGAAAAUGCUUUGACGCUCCACUUCAGCUUCAAGAGUUAGAGGGCAUCAGAGAGAUGGUCAAUCAACACGCUGAAGGGGGGGUUCGCGACGGCGGUCUUACUGAGCUUGGAUUCCUCUUUCUCCAUACGAUUUUCAUACAGCGGGGUCGGCUAGAGACAACUUGGACUGUUCUACGGAAGUUUGGCUAUGCAGAGGACUUGAGAUUAACGGAGAGCUUCCUAUGGCCCAAAUUCGACGUCCCUCCCGAUUGCUCUGUAGAACUAAGUCCUCCAGGUUAUCAGUUCUUCACAGACCUUUUUGAGACUUUUGACAAGGAUCAAGAUGGCGCCUUAAAUCCUUCAGAGCUGGAGGCCGUUUUUGUAACCUCUCCUGGUAACCCUUGGGCCAGUCAGAAAUUCCCGGACACCACGCUUACAGACGAUACUGGGGCUGUGACACUCCAGGGAUGGCUUGCCCAGUGGAGUAUGGCUACUUUGCUCGAUCACAAGACUACACUAGCUUACCUUGCAUAUCUUGGAUACCCCGAUGAACCACGAACGAGCGCACUUCAUGCUACACGUUCGCGAAAAGCGGACAGACGUAAAGGCAAGGUUUCACGCAACGUUUUCCUAGGUUAUGUCUGCGGAGCUGCAGGCUCCGGAAAGACCUCACUCCUACGGUCGUUUCUGAGAAAACCAUUCGAAGAAAUCUAUGAACCGACAACAAAACCGAUCAGCGUGGUGAAUGUGGUAGACAUUGAUGGCUCAGAGAAGUACCUUGUAUUACAAGAAUUUGGUUCCAAAUAUGAAACGGAAAUUCUAAGAAAUUCGAAGAAAACAGAUCUCGCCGAUGUCAUAAUCUAUGUUCAUGAUUCCAGCGAUACAAACUCAUUUUCCUAUAUCAGUAAUUUACGACAACAAUAUAGUUUAGACCACAUUCCGACCCUUUUUGUUGCCACAAAAUCUGACCUUGAUCUAGCACAACAGAGACAUGAAGUACAACCGGAUGUCUAUUGUAGACGUUUGAAAUUACAAGUUCCCGUUGCAGUAUGCGCCAAGUCCGGUCAAACGGCGGAUGUCUUCCAGUCGAUAUGUAGUAUUGCAAUGAAUCCGUUGUCUUCAAUACCUGGCGGUGCCGAACGUGCACUUUCAGCUUCUAGUCGGGUGAAGAUGUACUUUACCCUGACCGCGGUCUUGGGAGGUUGCACGGCUGGAUUGAUCAUGUUGUAUCGGACGUUGUUGCGACCUGGUGGUGGUCUACCUGAUUGGACUACUAGCUGGGCGGGAUGGCUAUUGAACAACCGAAGAUAGAUUUUACUAAGCACUUGUCAUUAAAGUUCGUCUAAUGAGCACUGCGGACUGCUCUAGUGACUCCUGAGUGACAGUGUGCUGACAAAGGCUCAUGAAGUCAUUUCACGU